CCUCAUUCAUUCGAUUUGUAACGUUCGGUGUCGAAGAAUCGCGCAUCAAAAAAUGUUAAACUUAAGUGACGGGUAGAAAAUCGAUUCGGUUUUGCAGCUUUCAGCGAUUAGAAUUACUAAUAAUGUGUUGUUCAAUGGGCGCUGAUAGUGCCCCGGGAAAUGUUAUCGGGAUGGUUAAAACAUGAAACCUACCUGUGCCUGUGAUGAUUUCAUCGUGAACAGUUUGACGCAGCGCAGAUUGAAAAGUUCGUUACCUGCUCUAGCCUGUUGUGUGCUGGUCCUUUGAUAAUCUCGCUCGAAAGGUUUUGCUAGGCCGCCUGCCUGGAAUUGUGUGUGCGCAUCAUCAUCAAAUGCAUCGGAAAAACGAGCAUAACACGAAGAAUCCGUUGAAGAAGAGUGCGCAGUCCUAACCUCGAUUUUAUGUGCAGGAUCCGGCUGCCGUAAUUAAGUUGGUUUUGUUUUUCGUUUGUGUUGGUGUUGAACCGGUUUUUGAGCGAAGUUGUAAUUUUAUUGAAUAUAUCAGUUGGAAAUCUUCCGAAUAUUUGGCGGUGUAUUUUCGCUUGUAAUUUGGUGUAAGUGUUCGAUGAAAGUGGGUUAAUAUGAAAGAAUUAGUGCGUUCUGAAGGGACUCCCGAUAGUGAGUACAGUCAGAUUCACGAUACGUUGAAACACAGCGGAAAGGAGGAUAUAGGCAAAGAAUUGGGAAGGGAUGUUGGAAAUCUGCCGGCCUCGAAAACAACAUAUGUGGACAAAGUUCCGUUGAAUCCCAUUGAAAACAAAGUUUGUGCUAGAAGAAUGGAUCAUCAUCCCGUCAGCGAUAAGAGUAAAUGCGAAGCCAUGUCCAUUUCACCACCACCAGCACCACCGGAGAAUGCACGAAUUUGCCUGGUUGGUUCGGUUGCACAGGAUAAACCCACCCUGGUUGCAGCCCAAUCGUUCCAGGUGCCGAUUGUCACCUCUGAAACAGGAGCCGAACUCCUAACCGACACCAACUACAUCACCUAUUUCAUCUUGAAUCAGUUCGAAGGUCCAGUAUACGAUAACAUCUAUCGCUCCAAACACAGAAUACUCGGUCCACCGGCUUUGCAGCAGGCUGUACGAGCCGGCGAAGGACUACUGCGGAACAACCGUCCCAUCUACAACUACUGCAUGAAAGGCGUCAUCACGUGUUUCACCGGCAUCAGAAAGAAGGAUGAACUGACACGCCUUGUAGAUUUGAUUCAUUCGAUGGGUGGUUCAAUUCGAAAAGAUAUGAACACCAAGGUUACACAUCUGAUUUGCAACACCAGCGGAGGCGAAAAGUAUCAGUAUGCGAUGACAUUCCGGCUAGCGGUUGUCCGUCCCAGCUGGGUUCUGAGUGCGUGGCAGAAUCGCGAUGAUCCCGAUCUAGUGGCGAACAUCGAAGAGUUUACCAGAAAGCACCGGUUGAGGGCCUUCGAGGGGCAGAAGAUUUGCUUUUUCGGUUUUCCCCCGGAAGAGCAGCAGCACAUGAUCGAGGUGCUGACGAUGAACGGAGGCAUCCCGACCAAUCUGGAAGAUCCGGAAUGUUCACAUGUGGUCAUGUCCAACACGGGCGAGCAUUUCAGUGAUGCUGCCCUGCUGCCGCAGACAACCUCACCGAAAGAUAAGAACACAUCUUCCGCCUCAUCAUCCGCAUCCUCAUCGUCAUCACCAUCACCAUCGUCAGGUGGGCAAGAUAACGAGAAUGAUUCCAAUAAUUGUCCUCGCACAGACGGCAUGACGACGGAUCCUGUCAAAUCGGAGAAACAGGAAGCUUUCAUUAAGCGCCUGAACGAGUGUCAAGUCGAAGGCAAUGAAGUGGAGAACGGAACGGUGAUUGCAUUACCUGUUCUACCGGAGGAAAGUGAAACCAGCAGCGCGAGUUCAACGCAUGUUGAUCAUAUGAGUAUCGCUGAAAACGAGAACAAUUUGAAUAUUGACUCGGAACAACAUCAGCUCGAUGUUUCGCCGAUUAGAUAUAUCGAUGAGAAUAUGGAAAAUUCUACUCCCAAACAGUCGAGUUCGUCGACACCGGACGGAAGCGCACAGAAAACAGAUGGAGUGGUUCUUACUUCCGGAGAAGAAAUUGAAUUCCUUAAUCCGAAUAAUAUAUCUCCCAUACUGAAGAUCAGUAGACCAAUGGACGUUUCUUUGAAGAAAAUAUCUGAAGAAGACGACGACGAUGAUGAAGACGACAUGGACGAUUACAUCAUCGCCAAUACAGACGCUUUGAAGCGAAAGCGACAGGAAGAUAGUUUCGAUGAUAUUUCCAUUAUUUCCACCGAUUCACUGGCCAGCAGUGUGCUGUACGGAUCUGCCAAAAAACCGAAAUUAAUUCGAACUGGAUCCAUCACCAGAGGUCUCCGCAGAAGCAUGAGCUUCGCGGCCAUUAAAACACCGAUCACAAGUAUGUUCCGAUCUCGUCGGAAUUCCGUCGAUCCAAAUUCAUCGAUUAGUUCCAUCGCAUCGAUUGAGUCCACUUUUAACGAAUCCAUCAAGAAACCGGUCAAAGAAAAACUACGAAGUAUCCGUGAUAAGAUUACGAAAAGCAAUAAAAAGGAAACGCCACGAUCGAUAAAAAAUAAAGGCCUUAUCACUUCCGCCAAUCUGGACAAUCUGAAAAAGGUUUGCAAUUUCAAAAUGGACAAGAAUGUUGGCACCCCGGAACAGUCUAGAAUCGCCGACCGAAGCGAAGUUGAUUUUAAGACCCCAAUCGCCCCGGCUCCCCACUCCAGCUGUUCGUCAUCUUCGAAGGCCAAAAAGAAAGCUCACUUUUUCCGCCACUCGAUGAUUGCUACGGACACCGGUGUCGCUUCCUCAGUAGAGUUCGUUCCUUCGGCACUUUCCGGUGGCCUUGGCAGCACUACUGUGACAGUGGCGGAAAAUGAAACCCCCAAAGUGACGACGAAUCUGAUCAUAAAUACUGAACCGAACACAACAACGGUGGCAAGUGAUUACACGUGCUCUGCGGUAACGGUUGUGACUGGUUCCGAAGGAGAAGAACUCGUAGCGCCAGUAUCAACAGGAACAACGACAACAGCAGCAGCAGCAACAGUAACGACGGUUGUUGACGAACACGUGGUAACUUCUAAACCGGAGGUAAAAAACAACAAAACCCACAUUGUCAAAGCGGAUUGGUUCUGGUACACAAUACAGAAUGGUUACGCUGAUGAGGGCUAUUACCUGUUCGGAGAUUAUUUGGACAGCAUAGCCAACACUCCGGGCGGUGACCGACGGGAUUCGCUUCCGAUCAGUUUCAAUAAACGCAAACGGAAACGUUUGUCCCACCGGACCCCGGCCGGGGACGGCACUCCGCUGGGUGUCGGCAAGCGGAGAUCUUCCGUUUCCGAUGCCGGUUUGCUGUCGGUAUCGGGAAGCUUUCUCGAUUGCACGACCAGCCCUGACAAGCAUGAGGGAAGCAAGAAGAACAUCAUCGGCGAAACGGUGGACGUUUCGAUUGAGCAACCGAUCAAGGGUCAAUCGAUGCGGUAUAAUCAUUUCACCGAUUUUUAUCGUACCGAGUCGAACUAUGUGGGAAUUUUGGAUACUAUUGUGAAUCUAUUCAAAGAACCUUUGGAGGAAAUGAUCGAAAAAGAUCCGGAAAAUGCUUUACUCAACAAGUCCGAGCUGAAAUCGAUUUUCAGCAACUUCCUACCAAUUCAUGACGUCCAUAAGAGGAUGUUAAACCGGUUAAAGGAAAUUCAUGGCACCUGGGCAGAGGAUCAACUGAUCGGUCAAAUCAUUCUGGACUACAAAGAUGACCUGUACGUUGCAUAUCCGCCGUACGUCAACUUUUUCGAGCAAACGAAGGAAACGCUGCUCCAUUGCGACCAGAGUAAUCCACGGUUUCAUGCAUUUUUGAAGAUCAACCAAGCUAAACCGGAAUGUGGCCGACAGACGUUACAAGAUUUGAUGAUCAGACCCGUUCAACGGUUACCCAGUAUCAGCCUUUUGCUGAAUGAAAUUUUGAAACACACUGGCAAAACAAACCCGGAUUAUAAGAAGUUAGUCGAAUCUUUGGAGGCAAUCAAAGAAGUUAUUAAAAACAUGAACGAAGACAAACGUAAGACAGAGAGUAAAUUGGCAAUGUUCGACAUAUUCAACGAUAUUGACAAGUGUCCGCCCCAUUUGGUAUCCUUCCACCGGCAGUACGUUUCGCGGUGCGAAGUGACCGAACUCUCCGAUAGCCUGAGCGGCCGAGGGGACUCGCUAGUGCUGUUUCUACUCAGUGACACACUGGAAGUGUGCAAGAAACGAUCACGGGCACCUAACAGCUCCAAGUCUCCCAGUACAAACGGUCUGAACACAACCCGUUGUCAGGCAAGCAAACCGUACAAACACGUCAAGUUGAUGCCACUGAGCUCGAUACGGCUGGUGGUUAACAUUCAGGACAGCCCGAGGGCCUUUGCUCUCAAUUGUCGAGCUUCUACGGAUAACAAGGAUCAACUGCAUUCGUUCAGCAUCUGCGACGAAGAGAAGGACAAGAUCAUCUACCUGAAGAGCCUCUGUCAACAGAUGGCGGAGAAUGCGUGCAAAACCGACGCAAAAACCUUCAUGGUGAGCUGCGAUUCCGAGGAACUGGGAAUCGACGUAAGCGACAUCAACGUGGGAACGCUUUCCAAGGCGUUCAAAUUUGCCACCAGAACCAGGCUGAGGGUGGGCAGAGCACUGUCGUUCAACAAAACCCCGUCGAAACUGAAGCGCGCGGUAUCAUCGAUGAUGACAUCAUCCUUCGGUAGCACCCAAUCACUGACGCCGGCCUCCCAGUUGGCCCAGAUGAAGCUGGCAAGCUGUACGAACAUAAACGAAGUCGGCGAAGAGUCCUCGGAGACCGAUUCAAAAGCUUCCUCGUCACCAUCGUCGGCGUCGGAAAUCCUGGUGGCACCGAUGUCCGUCCAACCGACCCGCAAGAAUAAGAAUCCGCCGAUGUCGAUGGCAGCGCUUCGGCGAUUGUAGUGAAAAAAAAGAGAGAGAGAGAGAGAGAGAGAGAGUUUUUUUUACCGUAUUCUGUCGUUCAUUACGGUGUACCUAGCGGUAGUGUGCUUCCGUGUUCUGUUUUAACGUUUCGAUUGGGUCUUCUUCUGUGGCUGCACGUCGAUUUCGUCGCUGUAGGACGGACGGACGGUGCAUUGGAGUAUUGUGCCGCCAACAUCACACAAUCACGGAAAUGUCCUCGAUUUUCUGUGGCAUUUUGGAGCGAGCUUUUGUUUUACCUUUACCCAUUUGUUUUCUUUAUUUUUUCUAAAACGGAUUUUUUCUCCUGCUGGCGACGAGAAGAAUCUUUUCAAAGCUACAAAACAGCGCAUACAUACGUAGAGAACGCGAAGCAGUCAUCAGUUCGAGGAUUCGAAAUAUUGAGUUGAAAAGGGCAAACAAGAACUGUGCAGCUUGUUUUUUUUAUCGUUUGGAGAUAAUCGGAUAUUCAGGAGAUUUAAAAAAGAAUUGUAUGUAAUGGAGGAAAGAUGAUUUUCCUCGUUUCUUUUAUAAGGGUUCACAUUUAUCUAUAAUACGUGUAUGUGUAUGUUUUUGUGUCUGCUAAAACAGAAGUAGAAGCAAUUAGGAUUCAUAUCAAAAUUACAAUAACAAAAAAAAAAAUACUCAAAAGACAAUAAGAACUGUGAAAUAAGGAUCUACAAACGAAUCUGUUUGCGAAAGGUUUUAAACUUAGCGAACGUGGAAUUGGUUCGCGUUCUGAAUUGUGAGCGAGUUGGAAAUCGCUCGACCACGCGUUGAUGCUUAUCUUUGUCUUUUGAGCUUUCAGAAAUGAGCGCGGUUGUAUAAAAGCAAAAGCUAAUAAACUGUAAAAAAAAAAACAAAAUAAAAGUAUCUUUUUCUAUUCAAACUUA